AUGUAUGCAGGAACGUCAGUGCUCCUUUCAGUAGCAUCUGGCCGCAUAUCAUUUUUGUAUGGUCUGAUUGGCCCUUGCAUGGGACUGGACACUGCCUGUUGUUCAACUCUAGUGACAACGCAUCUAGCGAAAUCAGCUCUAGAGCAAAGCGAGUGUACGCAGGCCAUAUCAACUGGCGUAGGACUAUUGAAGCGGGAUGGAUUCCUGGCUUUUUCGGCGGCGGGGAUGCUGUCACCUCUUGGACGCUGCCACACGUUCGACAUGUAG